GUUUGUAAAAGAUUUUUCUGAGCACCUGCAGGUUCGUGUGUGUGUGUGUGUGUGUGUGUGUGUGUGUGUGUGUGUGUGUGUAAGUAUUUUCACUGGAAAGGAUUCAAAAUUAGAGGGGGAAAAAAACUGGAGCGCACAGGCAGCAUUACGCCAUUCUUCCUUCUUGGAAAAAUCCCUCAGCCUUAUACAAGCCUCCUUCAAGCCCUCAGUCAGUUGUGCGGGAGAAAGGGGGCGGUCGGCUUUCUCCUUUCAAGAACGAGUUAUUUUCAGCUGCUGACUGGAGACGGUGCACGUCUGGACACGGGAGCAUUUCCACUAUGGGACUGGAUACAGACACACGCCCGGCGGACUUCAAGGCGCUCAGACUGAGGAGAAAGCCCUGCCUGCCGGUGCUGCCGCUGCCGCCGCUGCUCCUGAAGCCCCACUCCUUUCAUGGUUUUUCCUGCCAAGCUAGAGACACCUUCGCUGCGGCUGCCUUUCUCUGUGGUGUCAGUCAGCGGCUGACCAGAGGAUGAGACUCCCCAAACUCCUCACUUUUUUGCUUUGGCACCUGGCUUGGCUGAACCUGGAAUUUAUCUGCACUGUGUUGGGUGCCCCCGAUUUAGGUCAGAGACCCCCAGGGGCCAGGCCAGGGUUGGCCAAAGCAGAGGCCAAGGAGAGGCCACCCCUGGCCCGGAACAUCUUUAGGCCAGGGGGUCAUAGCUAUGGUGGGGGGCCCACCAAUGCCAGGGCAAAGGGAAGCUCUGGGCAGACACAGGCCAAGAAGGAUGAACCCAGAAAGAUACCCCCCAGAUCCGGUGGGCCUGAAACUAAGCCAGGACCCCUUCCCCAGACUAGGCAGGCUGCAGCACGGACUGUAUCCCCAAAAGGACAGCUUCCUGGGGGCAAAGCAUCCUCAAAAGCAGGAUCUGCCCCCAGCUCCUUUCUGCUGAAGAAGACCAGGGAGCCUGGGACCUCUCAAGAACCCAAGGAGCCGUUCCGCCCACCCCCCAUCACACCCCAUGAAUACAUGCUCUCGCUGUACAGGACGCUGUCCGAUGCUGACAGAAAGGGACGCAACAGCAGCGUGAAGUUGGAGGCUGGCCUGGCCAACACCAUCACCAGCUUUAUUGACAAAGGGCAAGAUGACCGAGGCCCUGUGGUCAGGAAGCAGAGGUACGUGUUUGACAUCAGUGCUCUGGAGAAGGAUGGGCUGUUGGGGGCUGAAUUGCGGAUCCUACGGAAGAAGCCCUUGGACACGGCCAAGCCAGCGGUCCCCAGUAGCGGGCGGGUUGCCCAGCUGAAGCUGUCCAGCUGCCCCAGCGGUCGGCAGCCGGCAGCUUUGCUGGAUGUGCGCUCCGUGCCAGGCCUGGACGGAUCUGGCUGGGAGGUGUUCGACAUCUGGAAACUCUUCCGAAAUUUUAAGAACUCAGCGCAGCUGUGCCUGGAGCUGGAGGCCUGGGAACGGGGCCGGGCUGUGGACCUCCGUGGCCUGGGCUUUGAACGUGCUGCUCGACAGGUCCAUGAGAAGGCCCUAUUCCUGGUGUUUGGUCGUACUAAGAAACGGGACUUGUUCUUUAAUGAGAUUAAGGCCCGCUCUGGCCAGGAUGACAAGACUGUGUAUGAAUACCUGUUCAGCCAGCGGCGGAAACGGCGGGCCCCACUGGCCAAUCGCCAGGGCAAGCGACCGAGCAAGAACCUCAAGGCUCGUUGCAGUCGCAAAGCUUUGCAUGUCAACUUCAAGGACAUGGGCUGGGACGACUGGAUCAUUGCGCCCCUUGAGUAUGAAGCCUUUCAUUGCGAAGGACUAUGCGAGUUCCCCUUGCGCUCCCACUUGGAGCCCACAAACCAUGCAGUUAUCCAGACCCUGAUGAAUUCUAUGGACCCUGAAUCCACACCACCUACUUGUUGUGUGCCCACACGGCUGAGUCCCAUUAGCAUCCUCUUCAUUGACUCUGCCAACAACGUGGUGUAUAAACAGUACGAGGACAUGGUCGUGGAAUCUUGUGGCUGCAGGUAGCAGCACUGGCCCUCUGUCUUCCAGGGUGGCACAUCCAGAGAGAACCCCUCCACAUGCUCCUGGAAUCACAGAGGGGCUGUGAAGUACCCCAACAGCCUGCGGGAAAGGGAAUUUCAGUGGAUGUACUCUUUGAGUGUGAUCUGGGCUAACUGCCCCCCAUCUGGAGAUUCCUGCCCUUCUGCUCCUCUGACGGGCAGUGGCAGGCUAGACCCAGAGAACAAACUAUGAGUGGGACUGAGACCCAGGAAAGGAGAUCGUGAAUGAGACUCAGGCACCAUCCCUCCUGUCCCGGCCUCCUAGGCAGAGUCCUGGGUCUCCAGACUCUCCAGGGGAGCUGGUGCUAUCCUAAGCGCUUCAUAGGACAGCCACAGUGCAACCUCCCUCUUUGAGUCACCUUUGUGCCUGGUGGCUUUCCACUCGUAGGGCAGAUUAGAUGCUCAUUGCCCGGGCUGGUGGAGAAGGGUAAGGACUUGGGUAGAGUAUGAGCCUAUUAGACUAUUAGACUAAAAUAUGUCAUUGAUGAGAUAAAAAGCUGAAUCUUCA